AUGGCUUUCAGUGAUGGUUCUCUUUUUUACCUCUGGCUGUUUAUUAUUUUGCCUGCAACAGCUAAAGAGAAGGUAAUUGAAGUUUUAAGCUAACUAAACUAUUUAUUUUAAAUAAAAUUUAUAAUAAAUUUUAUCUCACAGCCUAUGGUCUUCCAUAAGGGCAACAUAGAGUUUAUCCUAGAUUCCCUGGAAACAAAUUGCGAUCACGAUUAUGUGGAGUAUUUUCAUAAGGUGCCCAACUCAAAGUUGUUAUACACUUUUCGAGUGGUUAAAUUAGCACCUGCUUUCACCAUUGAUAUCAUAGUUAAAGUGCUGAAAACACAGAGAAUAUUUUAUAAGAUGGAAAACAUUCAGGGCUGCGACUUCCUUAACAAUCCUCUACUUUUCAAGGCCUUUGACAAAAUCUACCAGCAGCUGGUGGUCAAUGGCAGCUACUUCAAGUGUCCCAUCAAGCCGAAAGUGUAUUACCUUAAAAACGAGGGCACAGUGUCAUUGUUUCCCGGCAUUCAUCCACCUGGACGCUUUCAGCUAACGACAAGGAUUAAAAUGGCAGAAAGUCGACAGCCAUUUGUGAUGGAAAUGUUGUGGAAAUAUAGAAUUGUUCGUAUUAAAUAA